AUGAUCAAAUUCAACUACCUUCUCCAGUCGCUAGUAGGAGAGGCAAGGCAGACGGCAGCACAGUUUCAGGUGGUAGAAGCAAGCUAUCAACUAGUCAUAGAAGCUCUCAAAAAGAAGUAUGGCGAAGACGCAUCCAUCAUCGAAGACUUGUUGAUGCAGCUCGAAACCACCAAGGCGGAGGGACUGUCCACUAAGCUACAGGCUAAUCUACUAGAACGAAUUACAGCCAUCCUGACGCAACUAGCCGCGAAAGGCCAGGAUGUCAAUCAAAGACUAGUGCUCAACCUAGUCUUACGAAAAUUCAGUGCCGAAAUCCAAGCAAAGGCAUUCGAAAGGCGAGAGAGGCUCACAGAUUCGCAACAGUGGACGUGGUCAGUUCUCCAAAAGGACUUACAAGACAUUAUCACUACCAAAGAAAGGAUAGAAAGGAGUCAAGAACUGAUCACGAAGCCUCAUACGCCACUCUCUCCCCUAAAGGGAGAAAGUCAGGAGAGACGCCCGAUACCAGCCUGCAUCUAUUGCAAACGAAGUAAUCAUCGAUCAGUGGAGUGCAGGACUGUUCCAAUAUCGGAGCGAGCAGCGUUCUUGGCGAGGAAUCAGCUGUGCACAAAUUGUGGAAGGCCGAACCACACUGCACAGAACUGUAGGAGUCAAGGAUGCUUCAGAUGUGGACUCAAGCACCAUUCAUCCACAUGCCGAAGACUAUUACCGCCGCCGAACCACGAACAAUCCACAGGGACGACAACGAAACCCCAACAAAUCAAUCAGCCAGCUCGAAUAGUUCCCACACCCAACGUUGCACGAAUGCAGCAGAAAGGAACAACACAAGCCACACAUAGGCAAACCAGACAAAACCUGGUCACUAUAGAAGAAGAUAGGAAAAAGAAAAAACCUGUGACGAAAACAGCAUCCACUACAUUACAAACCAGUUGCGAAGAUAACGAGUUAGACAUAUAUGAUAACUACUGGAAGAUGGAAUCCACAGGGAUCGAAGAAUACACAGGAACCGAGAAAGAAGCUAAAAAGAUCCAAGAGGAUCAAAUUCUCAAGAAAUUCAAGGAAACAAUUGUACGAAAACCAGACGGAUAUUAUGUACGGCUUCCUUGGAAGGAGCCUCACGAAUACCUACCAGAUAAUAGAUCCAUUGCACUAGCCAGAUUGAAGUCACUGCUCCGACAGUACGAAGACCGCAAAGAAUUCCUACAGGAGUUCGAUAACAUCUUCAAAGAUCAACUCCAGAAAGGGAUCAUUGAAGUAGUGGAAGAAGAGGCCGGCAAACCUCGACCUAAAGGCAAGAUCAUUCACUAUCUGGCACAUCAAGCAGUGAUCUCGAAUGCGAGCCACCCACUCAUACAUGUGGAACGAUUUAGCUCGCUUCGAAGACUGAAAAGAACCGUAGCGUACGUUGGCAUAUUCCUGAACAAAUUGGCGAAGAACUUACCAGAGGAAUCGAAGCAGAAAAUUAGAAGAGCCAGUGGAAUUCAGGAAGCUACGGAUAAACUCCAAGGAGCAGAUCUUAUGCAAGCAGAAAGGACUAUUAUUAAGCUCCACCAGAAAGAACACGAAGCUCUGAUAACAGCCAACGAACAACGAAAACUCAACAUUACCAGAGACGAGAAAGGGACGGAGAAUCCAAAUCAAAUACGCCAAGUCGAGCUCAGAAUGCCAAACGGAAAAGUGACGAAGAGGCCAGUAAACAGUCUCAUACCACUUGAGUUAAUGGAUUCGGAUCCCGGUCACGAACAACUAUCAACUCACGAACACCCGAGCGCACCCACCCAACCCGAACUUCCAAGCGAACCUUCACCCGAAACCCCAAGGCGUCCAAAACGAAGCCCCUCUAGAUACUACCCGUACAGCCUCGAAGAGUACGAAAUCAAUUCGAUUACCACAGACGAAAAAUCAAUUACACAGCCAAAUACGUAUAUUUUCAGAAUGCAGGAACAAGGACAAGGUUACGAAUCCCUCGACUCCUUUCUUCAGACUCUGAAUCAACGCCGGUCGAUGUUCAAUGAGAAAGAACUACAGAGACGCUUGGACAUCGUGUACGAAGAAACUACUAAGCUUAUGGCACAAGGACAGCAAAUAGUCACGAAGGCUACAGACCUGAAGAACGAAGCCGCCAAUUACGAACCAGUUCCGGAAAAGUCAAAGCCACUUUACGACAGGAAGAACGAGCUACUUGCAUCCAUUCAUCUUCUCAAACAGCGAUGGGAACACGUUCACGUAGUCUCUAUACUUCUCUGGGACGCAUACGACAUGUUAGUUCACCUGAAUCCACCAACAUUCUUCAAUAGGGUAGCGUUCGAACAACGACCAAGGCCAAGAGGACACUAUACCAAGGAUGACAGCAUAACCACCAUUCGCGAAGAGCAGCAUCAGCUCAACGGCCUCCAAGCACAGCUUGAAAUACUUACAAUCGACCCUUUCCUCAAUCCGUAUAUUGAUAGCGACGAAAAGAAACCAUACAUCAGUGAAGUCUCCGAUGCCGACAUUCACGCCAAGCUGGACAACAUCGAAAAGCUGAUCCAAAAACGGAUUGAUGACACAUCUAUUACUAAAAGAUCACCGGACACGGAAUCAAUGCUCAGGAAGCUACAUCGAAUCGAAACCAUCCUUAUCGAAGACAAAGCAAGACGCACCGAGGAUACAUUGUCUCAGCAACUAGUUCAGCUGACGGAGCUACUUCAACAGACGUCCACGAAUUUGGAAAAUAAGAUAAACAACAACACCGAACUUAUCGUGAACUCCAUCAUCAAUUUACUGACCCAGGUUUCGGAACUCCUACGCACAGGCCACCAGCCCAAGUCACCCGACCGUCACCGUCAUAAUAGCAGUUCACCAGUCGCCAGAAGGCAGACGCCUCGAAGAAGCCGCUCGAGACAACCCGCCAAAAGACCACCUCGAGACCCCGAAUUGGCUCUUCUGCAUCGUAAACUCGAUCACCUAGCACAAUGUGAGAAGAGAUUGUACGGAUUGGACGCUCCGCAGCCAUCGACACCCCACAAAUGUACCUUCUGCUUCGCUAUACAUAACGAAGAUGCCUGUGUCGCCUUCAAAACAGUCGAAGAAAGAAGAGCCGUCGUACGGAGCCGCAACCUCUGCAUCCAUUGCCUCGGCAACUCCUGCGUGAAACCCUGCCCGGACCGAAUCGCAUGUAAUUACUGUAAAAGCAAGUCGCAUCACUACGCCUUAUGCCCACUUCCAGAAGAACGUAGCGCCCUCGAAGAGCAAAUCGCCAUGUACCAUCACUAA